GCUGUUUCCUGUCUACAGUGUCUGUGUAAUGUAGAUAAAUGUGAGGAUUUUCUCUAAAUCCCUCUUCUGUUUGCUAAAUCUCACUGUCACUGCUAAAAUCAGAGCAGAUAGAGCCUGCGCAAUGGAAUAAAGUCCUCAAUAUUGAAAUGUGACAUUGCUCUCAACAUCUCACAUCUCUCUGGAUUUCUUUUUUCUCAUCAUUACUGCUAACAAAUUCAUUUCCAGACUUUGCACUUUCAAGAAGCAAUGGAAAAAAUCAACAGUCUUUCAACACAAUUAGUUAAGUGCUGCUUGUGUGAUUUCUUGAAGGUGAAGAUGCACACUGUGUCCUACAUCCAUUUCUUCUACCUUGCCCUGUGUUUGCUUACCUUAACCAGUUCUGUUGCUGCUGGCCCAGAAACACUCUGUGGUGCUGAGCUGGUUGAUGCUCUUCAGUUCGUGUGCGGAGACAGAGGCUUUUACUUCAGUAAGCCCACGGGGUAUGGAUCCAGCAGUAGACGCUUACACCACAAGGGAAUAGUGGAUGAAUGCUGCUUCCAGAGCUGCGAUCUGAGGAGGCUGGAGAUGUAUUGUGCUCCAAUAAAACCGCCUAAAUCCGCACGGUCCGUACGCGCCCAGCGCCACACCGACAUGCCAAAAGCACAAAAGGAAGUGCAUUUGAAGAACACAAGUAGAGGAAACACAGGAAACAGAAACUACAGAAUGUAAGAACAUGCCGUCCACAAGAAUGAAGAAUGAAUGUGCCAUCUGCAGGAUACUUUGCUGUAAAUAAAUUAUUUGUUAAACAUUGGAAGACUUAAAAAAACCCUUUGUUUUAAAAAGCUUGAUGCAAUUUCAACCAAUGGGCAUUCUCCCAGUGAACAAUGCAACUAAACAUUCCAAUAUUAAGUCUUUAGAGAACGGAGCAUUUUAAGCAGCCCAGAGCUACAAAAAUCUGUGGUUGAUAUAUUGCUGUUUGUUAACCUGUUUUAAAUGUCCUGCACGAAAACUCUAAAAGUCUUGUGCCCCUCAAAAGCCUACAAAUUUAUGGGCCUUUGAUGGAUCCAAUUGCACUAAAUUAACCUAUGAA